CUGAGAUUAGAUUACAAAGAUGAAAAAUGUGUUAAUUUUUCAGGGAUGCAAUUGUAUCAAGGAUUUAUACGAGUUACAGAUAAUUUAGAUUAUGGACGACGCUUCCAAUAUUCUGAGAGACAUUGAGAGGAAAGUCAGUGUUGGGGAUAACCAGAAGUCAUUUAAUUUACUCUACAGUUCCGUGGACAAGGUUAAUGUUGAUGAUUUCCAUGUCCAGUGUGAUGGUAAAGGACCAACACUAACCGUUCUCUAUGGAAAAUACAACACCAUAUUUGGCGGUUACACAAGCCAAGAGUGGUGUUCAGACAAACAGAGAACCAAACGAGAUGAAAACGCCUUCUUGUUCUACAAGAAUGAUCACGCGGAAGCUACGUGUACUUUCCUACCAAUUAAAGAAAAAUUUGUUGAUAGGGCAAUAACGUGUGAUGCAAACUUUGGACCAACUUUUGGAGGGGGUGCCUUUUUCUGGGAGGCUUAUGACCUUCAAACGUUCAAGAAAGACAAUAAAAAAUCUGAAAGUGAAAGAGAAGCAGGCUCCUAUAUGAAACUAAAUGGAGCUGUGAAUUUUGGCUGCGCGUAUGGCUUAGAAGAUAACCAGAUGCCAAGGAGGGGGGCUUCGGCAACGAGAAGGGAGGCGAGAUUUGAAGAUAGUUUUAGGGAGAAUUGCACAAUAGGAACUCCACGUCAGAAAGACAUUAACGCUGGGGCAUUAGUUGUUAAACGGAUAGAGGUUUAUCAAGUUGUAGACGACCAGCUUCAAGAACCAUGGAGGACUAAACCAUCAGAUACUGAAAUGGAAGAAAUAAGGAAGAAACUGGAGAAAAUGGAACCAUUGCCAGGCCUUGGUAUCAAAACAUAUAACAUACUACUUGUCGGUGUCAUCGGGUCUGGAAAAUCAAGCUUCUAUAACACCUUAGCAACGGUUUUCAUGGGUGCUGUUAAAUCUCACGCACCAGCCAGGGAUGCGCCAACAAGUGUCACAAACGAGAUCCACGCAUACGAGUUGAAAUCAAAGAGUGGAAAGCCUUUAAAUCUCCGAAUAUUUGAUAUCAGAGGUUUUGAAGCUGAGAGGGGAUAUGAGCACGAGUUUGACCUACUUCUGAACGGUAGAUUACCAGUUGGGUUUAGUUUUCCAGAUCAACCAGGGCCUAUUCAACAAGGUGAAUUGGUAAAUGCGAGUUUGAAAGAUGAAAUACAUUUGGUGUGCUUUGUUACCGGGACUUCAAAUUUAGACACUAUCACGGACGAUCUACAUAAACAUAUAACGAGUAUACAAAAAUCUAUCAACAGGAAAGGUUUACCAAUGGUUGUUGUUGCAACCAAAUUUGACGACCUUUGUCAGAAGAUAUCGGAGGAUGCUAACCGAGUCUACAGAAGUCCAAAAGCUCGCGAUGCAACGAAAACUGUCUCAAAUUUCUUUGGUAUACAAGAAAAAUACAUAUUUCCAAUUGUGAACUACGUUAAUGAUGAAAAUAUAAAAGACGGCAAAGAAAGACUAGCGCUACAGGCAUUGAAUACUAUGAUUGAACUUACUAGAGACUACCUCGAAAAUCACAAAGAGAUGGCAUCAAAACUUGACAGGUGGUCAGAACGUGCAAGCAAGUUACAUAUACCGAGGCAUUCAAACGAGAAAGAAAUCGAGCUAAUGAAGAUUGGGGCUGAAUUUGAAGAACUAGGCGACAAUGUUCUACGUGUUCUUUGCGUGGGACCCGUGUAUAGUGGAAAAACAAGCUUCAUCGAUUCGAUUUCAUCUGCAUUAAGAGAUGAAAUAUAUUCUAAAGCAACAGGAGGCUAUGCAACUGGUAGAAAACCAAAGGAUGGACACUUAGAAUCAUCAACUGAGAGGUAUAAAAUGUAUCAAAUGAAAUACAAGCACGAGUCUGAAGAUAUUAUUGAUAGCAAUGUUUUUAUUGGAGAUAUACCAGGUUUUCAAGAAUCUGAUGGCAUACAACUGGACGAUGUCAAAAAUGUCAUUCUUGGACAUGUGCCAAUAAGAUAUAAGAUAAUACAAGGCAUGAAGAGGGGUUCAAAAAAGUUUAAGCAUCGACCACUCAAGAAAGACAAAGUACAUUGUGUUUGUUUUGUGUUUGAUGUAUCUACACCUGCUGACGAGCUCUCAGAAAAAAUGCAAAAGACACUUAAAUCUCUUCAAGCAUGGCUACUUGACAAAGAUAUUCCUUACAUUGUCAUUUUGACGAAAGGAGAUUUACUCAGUGAUGUGGUAGAUGAAUGCAAACUUCACGUAUUUGAAAACAAGAUUUUAAAAGAAAAUAAAGACAUAUUGAUAGACAUGUUCAAGUUUAAACAAAGUAAAAUGUUUCCGGUGAUAAACUAUAUACACGAAGAUACAGUGGUACCAGAAUCUGAUGCUUUACUUUUAUCGGCUUUCAAAGAAAUUCUCAAGCUUGGUAAGGAGUAUCUGGAAGAUAUGGAUGAGGAUGGCUCUGAGGACAGUGAUGAUGAAGAAAAUGGAACAGAGGCAUAGUAACAUUCAUUUUUAUUUUGAAAACGCUGUAUAGACGGAUAUCAAAAUCAACUCUAUCAAGAUAGCAUGGGAACUGGAAAGACAAUGAGUACAAAUGAUGAAAUUUCUAAAGUAAAAUAAUUGGUUAAUUAUAUGAAAUAUUUAUUUGCUUUUAAAACGAGUACAAUAAAAUUAUGUUACUUGUAUAUAUUGAAUGUGCACAUGGAAACAUUUCUACAGGGUAUACAUUCCUUACAUUUUAACUGCAUCAGCCUCAUCAUCGAAAAUUGUAAAUCCAUUUACUGAUAUGAUACAUGAAUGACAUUGCCUAUUGGGUAAAGCACAUGUACUUUAACAUAAUCAAUACAUGUAUAGGUUACAGUGAUACGUUUUUAUCAGCUUCCUUAAAGUCAAUAUAUAAUUUCUUUAGUAGCAGUAUGGUGAUGUUUAAUUACCUAUUAAAAAGAAUAGAAAGAUAGAAAAUAUAUGUUCGCCUAAAAGAAAACAUGUGUUUGCCUAAAUUGAUAUUUAUAUUUUAUUGGUA